ACGCCCGCAUUUUACUUCUCCCAUUCAACUCUCCUGCGGUUCUUUCUCCCCCUCCUCGUAUAUAACAAACACAGAUCUGCCUCUUUUUAUCAUUACCUAACCUUUCAUUUCAAUAUGGCUCGAAAUCUCCCCUUCACCGUCGCCGUCACUGCUCUCUUAUUCUCUUUUACCUUAGCUACUGCUCGUUAUCCGUUGGAUCUGCCGGAAAAUGACGUUACCAGCCACGAUGAUAAUUUAGCUUACUGGUCCGACUCUGAUCCAAAGGUCACUGCCACCUUAAUCCUCCCCAGUGAGAAACCUGAAUCCCAACCAGCAACGGCUGUGGAGUUUGAGUCCGAAGAAACUGAACAUGCCGAUUCUAAAUUACCCGAAAAAGUUAUCGGCACAUCGGAAUCCAUCCACGAGAGAUCAGAAACCGAGUCAGAUAAGACGGUGCCAUUGACGGUUGUCACUUUCCGUCCAAUCAACCGCCACUUCCCUCGACGUCCACUGAUCCCGUUUCGUCGCGCACAUCGAUGCCGUGGCAGCCACCACCACCACAACCAGUUUAAGCCAUGGGGCAGUUCACGGUUUAGCGGCCCGCAGGAGGUUUCCUAUGGCAACGACAUGCUUCUUUCUGGAGGUGAGGAUAAGGGUUUUAGUCCAGUGUUUAACCACGGCGGGAACAGAUUGUCAUUCAUAAAGGAUGAGAAGAGAGAGGAGAUGAUCACAAGGCGUCACCACAACCAUCACCACGACCAUGACCACGAGGAAGGAGAAGAAAGAGAACAUGAACAUGAGCAUGAGGGUGGAUUUGUUAAGGGAAUUCGCAAGUUCUUGAAGCAUUUUUGAAAGCCACGUAAUAGGGUGAUAGAUUUAUGUAAUUUAUGUUUCUAUUUUUCUCUGUAAAAUUUCUGGGCCGUUAUUAUAUUUGUAAAUAAGUCGGCAUCUCCUGUAUGAGAUGUACAAAAAUUAGUAUUUGGCAGUAGGAUGAUAGCUGUUGAGGAGAUCUAGAGUUUGUAAUAUAUAUACGUGCACCAUUUAGGUGUUGUAUACAACUUGGAUAUUUGAAUUAGACAUGUUCCUUAGAUUACAUGCAA